AUGUCAGAGUCUGUCACAGACCAAGAUUCAGAUAUUGAAAUUAUUGAUGUUGACAAAAAUGAAGUUGGUACACAUGAGAGUGCUGUCAUUGCCAUGGAGUCGCCCGCCGUCAAUAAAAAAUCCAACAAGGCAAGACAAAUAAAUUCUUCUAUGACUUCAUUAAAGACCAGGAAACCUGUUGGGGAGGAUUUAGAGAAGAAGAAGCUUGAAAUGGAACUGUUUGGUUGUGCUACCACUCAGUCACAAGUUAACUCCGCUGCCAACUCUACUCACAGUGUUGAUAUUUAUUCUGAGACAAGGGGUAGAAGAGGUAUCCCCGACAGCAACUCCACUCCCGAGGAAGAAGAGGUAGCCAUAAUCUUUGAUCUUGGG